AUGGAAACGCCUGCUGGUGGAGUUGAUUUGACUCAGCUAUCAUACUUGCUUGAACCUGGAGUUCUUUGUAAUUUGGCAACUAGAUAUGAGAACAAUGAAAUUAAUGCUUACACCAGAAACAUUCUCAUCGCCAUCAAUCCAUUCCAAAGUCUCUCACAUCUGUAUGAUACUGUUAUGAUGGAACGAAUGAGAUCUGAAGCCUUGCAUAAAUAUCCUUUCCCAUCACUAAAGAAAAUGAUGUUAAGUGCCAAUCUUUUAAUUAAUUAA